CGCACUGUGCAACAGCAGCAACAUUAACAGCACAGGUGCUGACUUCGGGACACCUAAGGUGUAUCGGACGCAUUCAACACCUUGAGGGAUGUCUGGGGUCACCGCAAAUUCGGUGUGUGAAGACUGUUCACCUCUCCUUCACGAGUUUAACAGCAGUGUCGAGUCGACCCACGAUCCAUCAGUUGACGGAGAUGAUGAACUGCUGAGGUACAUCUGGAGGGAAUAUCUGCAUCCUAAACAGUACGAGUGGGUUCUGAUUGCGGGCUACAUUAUCGUGUUCUUUAUUUCUCUAAUCGGAAACACUCUCGUCUGCAUUGCUGUGUGGAAAAACCACCACAUGAGAACAGUGACAAACUAUUUCAUAGUGAACCUGUCCUUUGCUGAUGUCCUGGUGACCAUCACCUGUCUUCCUGCCAGCCUGGUGGUGGAUAUCACAGAGACCUGGUUCUUUGGACAAACCCUGUGCAAAGUACUGCCCUACGUACAGACAACAUCAGUUUCCGUAUCUGUGCUCACUUUGAGCUGCAUUGCCCUGGACAGAUGGUAUGCCAUUUGUCAUCCUCUGAUGUUCAAAAGCACAGCCAAACGGGCCAGGAAGAGCAUUGUCAUUAUAUGGAUAGUCUCCUGUGUAAUAAUGAUUCCCCAAGCCAUUGUGAUGGAGUGCAGUAGCAUGGUUCCAGAACUAACAAACAGAACCAGCCUAUUCACAGUCUGUGACGAGCACUGGGGAGAUGAAAUCUACCCCAAAGUUUAUCACAUUUGCUUUUUCAUCGUCACCUACCUGGCUCCACUGUGUCUGAUGGUGCUGGCCUACAUUCAGAUAUUUCACAAGCUGUGGUGCCAACAGAUUCCAGGGACAUCUUCCGUAGUUCAGAGGAAGUGGAGGUCUUUGCAGCGCUCAGCCCAGUCCUCCACUCCUGGGGAGUCUGCCCGGAUUCGAACGAAUGCAGCUGCAGCAGAAAUCAAACAGAUCCGAGCUCGGCGAAAGACUGCACGCAUGUUAAUGGUGGUCCUGUUUGUUUUCGCAUUGUGCUAUCUGCCAAUCAGCGUGCUCAACGUUAUGAAAAGAGUGUUUGGAGCCUUUGACAACACGAGUGACAGAGAGGCUGUUUACGCCUGGUUUACAUUCUCACACUGGUUAAUAUAUGCGAAUAGUGCUGCAAAUCCCAUCAUUUAUAAUUUUCUUAGUGGGAAGUUCAGAGAAGAAUUCAAAGCGGCGUUUUCUUGCUGCUGUUGUGAGAUAAGAAGCCCUAAGGAAGAGCACCAGAUCAGAGGCAGAACAAGUACUGACAGCCGCAAAUCCCUGACCACGCAGCUCAGUAAUUUCGAUAAUGUCUCAAGGAUUUCAGAACAAUUAGUCCUGACCAGUAUGGGGACACUGAGGUCCAACGACGGGGAUAAAACUACCUGGUAGGAAGCACUGGCAGGAG